UGUACUGCUUUACCUGUAAUGUAAACAAACUAAAACUUCGUUUACAUAUAUUUUACCAAGAUUAAAGUCGAUUUUCUUGAUUUAAGCGUUUUACAAUAACUUUUAAUUAAGCUGAAAUCAUUUCGGAUACCUACAUGUAGCCAUAACAUGCUGAAUAUCAUCAAAUGUCUAAAACUGAUAAACGUUAUCUUCAAUCUAUCACUUGUCCCCGUUUAGUUCAUCAAAUAAAGGGCGGAGUAGGUAGUUAUAACCUAUUGAAUUAAGUGUGAACAAUGAAUCAAUUUGAGACAGAAAGACGGCUCUGCUGGAGUUACGGACUCCUAGCCGUUUUGCUUUCUAUAUCUGUUGUGUGCAUUGCAAUUCCUUUCAAUCAUUGGCGUUCAACUCUUGACGUUUGCCCCGGAGGAUAUUUUGAAAACACAAACUGUGGAUGCAUCUUUUAUGGUAUAAGCACAUUCCAAAAUUUCAAUGGUGGUCACAACUCGUACUGUUUGUAUGCUGUUUUUGCUCCACUUCCAAUAUUAGUGUAUGCUAUUGUGAUGGCCUCAUUUCAUAUGUAUAGAGUUUGCAUCAACAAUGUUGGACAAUAUGAGGGCGAGAAAUCCACAACAGUCGAAGAAAUAGAAGGUGAGACAAUAGUUGUAUCUUCAAGAGCAAGAAUAUCUCAGCGUAAUGAUGCUGUGAUUUACUGUUGGAUACCAACCUCAUGCAUUGCGGCACUGUUUGCUGUUUACAACCUAGUCCAUGCAGCCAUUAUAACUGAUGGUUUUUUAAAAACAUGUAUGCAGUAUCGGGGAUAUUUAGUCCGAAACCUCAGAGCUGUUGGUGAUCAGGCCACUGCUAUACAUUUUAGACUCAGUUGUCAGGCCAUAUAUGACUUUAUGGAUUACAUACAGAAGAAUGCCCUGAGUGGUCGACGUGGCGAUUUCAUCAACACAGGGCUUGCACUGCAGCUGGCUAUUAUCGCCUCUUGGUUGUCGGUUUGUUUGUGGAUAGCCAUUACUGUUAUGACUUCAUUAAGGGCAUAUAGAGAACGAGAUGUGCUAACUUGCUGCGGAAAAUAAAAUAGUAAAAAAAAUAAAAAAGUUCUGCACUUACUAAUAAUGUUGAAUGGUUUUAACCUUUACAAUUUUUGUAUUUUAUUCAUUUUGAUAAAUUUUGCUGAUUAAUGUUUAUAUAUGGCACCUUAGUUUCUUAAGUAGGUAAAGAUAAAAAGCAUUAACACUUUACAUUUAUUUACAAGAUUUUAUAUACCUCUACUUUGUCUUCAUGUUAUUCAUGAUGUAGCUAUUUAUUAGCAAAAGAAUUUAAUAUCAUUCCAGUAGUUUUUAAGUUUGUCACAUACCAAAAUAAACAACUUUUAUGUGUCAAAUAUUCCAGUGGUUGUUCCACAGACGGAAAAUUCUAAUGGAAUAUUCAAACCAUGUAGAAUACACAAAUUAUUUCACAUAGUUUAGCUAGUAUUGGUUCUAAAAGUACAUAAAUAUUUUAUAUAAUGUAAGACUGAGAAAAAUUGUAUCCCACUCAUUGAUAAACAUAACAUAGUAAGUACAGACCAUCCACUAGGUUAAGAGAUUCAAAGCUUAUUUAAGCUAGAGAACACUUUUUAUGACAUUCUAAUAAACAGGUUUUUAUAUUUAAAAUCUUGUGUGAUCAAUGGCUUUCCAAAUAGAUCAUAACAUUCCAUUUAUAAUCAUUUGAGAUUUGCCUUAUUGGCAAUGCUAUUCAGAAUAUAUUUUCUUAAACAUUAUUUUAUAAAACAAAAGUACAUUAAAUUUUACAAUUUAAAUAUGUAUUAGACUUUACUUAAUAGUAAUAUUUUUACAGUAAUAGUGACAAAAAUAGUCAUAAGUUUUAAGUGUUGUGCCGUCCAAAUGUCUUAUUUUGAGAUUGUAUUUUAUGUCUUAAUUUUAAGAGAAAUAUCUUUUAUGGCUUCAAUGGCGCUAAUACAUCGAAUUGUCAUUUUUUUAGUAUUUCAAAUGUGUAUAUUAUAAAAGAU